AUUGGCGAGAUAUCGACGUACUGUUAUCACCGGUUUGGUCUGCAGUUUGAUCUUUAUAUAUUUAUUUACACUUCGGGGUCCCGAGUUCAGCACAACCUGAUACUGAUUAUGUUAAUCGGAAACAUUCAGAUUAUCCCAGUUUCGAAGAAAAUAACAAAACUGUGUCGAAAACAAAGCUUGCUUUAAUAACUAAAGACUUUCCCGAAACCACUGCAGAAGUCUAUAGGAGUUUAUGGAAACAGAAUGUUUCUUGGAGCUGUAGUCAUGUUUUAUAUUGCAUCUCUCAUGGAAGAGCCAUCUGUUGGACAUCAGCAUAGCAUGAGGGGACCUCAUCACCCCAGAGGGAAGGUUGUAGCACACCAUCACUACAGCCCUCAUCGCCAUGAAGCAAAUAUGGAAGUCCCCAAGUUAACUCAGGACACAGAUCUUCUGCAUGAUACCGUACACAUUCAGGAGGAUCUUGGGGAAUGGGUAUCCAAGGUGGAUACUGACAACAUGACACCGGAGGAGUUGGAAUUUCAUUACUUCAAGCUGCACGAUUUUGAUAAUAAUACAAAGCUGGAUGGGCUGGAGAUCUUACAAGCAGUUCACCACACAAUCCAUUAUAAAGAAGAAAAAUCAGGAGGCGAGGAAAUUUAUAAUCGUCAACAGCAGACAGAAACACAAACAGAAGAGAGUAAGAAAUCGGACCAAGACGACUUCGACUAUUUUGUUGAACUGAUAGACCAAGUACUGGAAGAAGAUGAUCUUGAUAAAGACGGCUACCUCAGUUAUAUUGAAUAUGUCAUGGGUCGACAGAAGAAUGAACAUAAUAUACAAUCAGAAUACAAUAAGCCAUGAUGCUGUAUGUACUCUUUUGGAAUGGUCACCAAUGAUCUGCACCUGAAGAAGCAAAUCCAAUAAAUCGCAUAAGAAAGAGUCCUGAUAGACUCACACAUGUGACAGCUGCAUUACUUUUGCUUACUUACUUGGAGGAAAACAUGGUUGUAUUAAUAAAACUGCUGUAAGUUAUCAAAUAGUAAUGUCCAAAUUAUAUUACUGUACUAUCAAUAAUAAAAAUGUCUUCAUGUGUCUUCCACAGAA